AUCACAGUUGUCAUUUGUUUAACAGCUGUAGAUUAAAAUUCAUAUAACUAUUUGAAUUAAGAUUGAAAUGCCUUUGAUUUUUUUCCUUAUACAUAAUGUUAAUUAUUUUAAUUAACGAUAAAGUAAAAACAAAUUUUAAAAAUAUUAAGAUAAGAUCUCUGUGGGCCAAUCGAAUGGUCUUCUCUCUCGCUCUCACCUAAACUAUCAAGUAAUCUCUGAACUCUCUUCGUACUUAGGACUGAUUCAUUUCGUAGCUUAGUUUGUGUGGAAUUUAGGGUUUUCGUUAGAAGCCAUGGUUAGAACCAAAACCAAUGGCUCGGGGAUAGAUAGGUUAAGCGAUUUACCAGAGCAUUUGUCGUGUCGUAUACUCUCUCACCUCUCCACCAAGGACUCGGUUCGUACGAGCGUUUUGUCUAAGCAUUGGAGAAACCUUUGGUUACAUGUUCCUGCUUUGGAUUUGAAUACCAUUGAUUUUCCAGAUAAUCUCGUCUUUAAGGAGUUCAUUGAUAGAUUUGUCGAAUUUGACAAAGAGUUAGACUUAAAGAGAUUCGAGAUAUUUUAUGAUGUUAAUCAUGACCACUCUUUUGAUGAGUUUCUGUGGAUGAUCGAUGAUGUGGUUAAGCGUAGAGUUUGUCGUGUAACAGUUAUCAAUAACGUCUAUGUUGUUGAUGAAACGUUAGUUACCAUGCCUCUAUCGCUGUAUUCAUGUGCAACACUGGUGAAUUUGACCCUCUCCUUUGUUGCCAUGAAUAAGCCACAGUCAGAAUUGGUUUCUUUACCUUGUGUAAAGACCAUAUAUCUAGAUGCAGUGAAAUUUGAUGGUGAUGAUUCAAUUCUAGAGACUCUCGUAUCGGGUUGUUCGGUGCUUGACGAUUUAACGGUGAUUGCGCAUCCUGAAGAUUAUGCCCAAGUUGUAUGUGUUCGCUCUCGAUCAUUAAAAAGCUUCACACUAGAGUCUCAGAGUCAGUAUCAAGACCCCAAUGUUGUAAUUGACUGUCCAAGGCUUGAGUAUAUGAGUGUUAGGGGAUACCAACCUGCAAGCAUUGUAGUACAUAGUAUUGGUCCUUAUGCAAAGGUAAACAUCGAUGUGAUGUUUGAAGUUGACUAUGAAGAUCCACCGGCAAUCACUAUGAUCCGCAGUUUUCUCACCGCGAUAUCCAAAGCCCAUGAAAUGACCAUCUCAACUCGAACUUUAGAGCUCAUCGACGGCUACCAUUUGAUGGUGAAUGAGUUGCCUAAGUUUUCCAACUUGUCUCGCCUAAAUGCUUUCUUAGACAAGUCUUUUUGGGAACGUUUACCAGGUUUUCUUGGUUGUUGCAUCAAUCUGAAUUCAUUCGUCCUGGAACUUGACGGUCCAUCAGAGAUAGAGGAGAUUAAAGUUUCACCACUGCUUCAAGAUGCUCUAUCCGCUCGUGGGUUUGUUCAGCUGAAGACACCACUUUCAGUCACAAGGACGUCAAGUGAGAGGAAACUAGCAGCAUAUUUUGUGAAGAAAAGUGGCUAAAAGUGAGUAAUAACAUAUUAUCUCGGUUUCUCUCAUAAAUCCAUUUUUAUUUCCAGUUAUCUACCAAUAUUACAUUUUAUGUAAGACUUUAUAAUUUUUUUUGGUGGACAUGAUGACUUUAUGAUUUCUAGUUAUAUGGAUGUUUGUAAGGUAAAUUUCCCUUUUUGGUUGACAUGACUUUAUCGUUCCUAGGUAUACAGUUAUUUAGUAGUCGUCAACUAUAUUGAAUCUAUGGUAAUCUCUGAAACCCUAGCGAACACUUUCCUUGCUCAAUACUCUUUCCUGUGUAAUUGUGUCUUAGCUUCUUUUUCUGACUUGAUUAAAAUCACACGACUUAACUUCAUGCUAACCAUUUUAUUUUAUAAAGUUAAGUUAUAACCUUGCUGGUGAUAUUAGAAUUGGUCAGGAAGAUAUGAUUAGCAAAUUACAAGAUUUUUUUUUUUUUUUUUGUGAUAUACCAGUAAUUCCCAAAAAGGAUGAGCUUAGCACCAGCUUUUUUGCCACGUAUGGAUAAAUCUUUGGCAAUAUAUGGCUCGAUUGGAUUUUGAGCUUUCAUAGAUUAUGCUAAAAUUCGAUUAUUUUCAAUAGGUUUAUAGGUUUGAUCAGUAACUUUAUUGUGUGCUUUAGAAAGAGUUAUGGUAAGGCAUACAUGAUAUAUCAUAUUGAGGUAGAAACACGAUCGCGAGACUUCAACAGAUCGAUGUUCAAGAA